GACAAAGUGAGACAACAAAGUCUCUCACCAACUAUAUUCUCUAUUUUUUUCAGACGAACCUAGACACCAUUCCAAUGGAUGAGCAGGUCCAAGAACCUCUUUCUGAUCAGGUUUUUAUCAACUACCGCGGAGAUGAGCUGCGCGAAAUCUUUGUCAACCAUCUAGAGCUACAAUUAAGAAACGCAGGGAUCAACGUCUUCAUAGACACUAAAGAGCAGAAAGGGAGAAGACUACAAUAUCUCUUCACAAGGAUCAAGAAGUCAAAAAUCGCGCUUGCUAUCUUCUCCAAGAGGUACUGUGAGUCAAAGUGGUGUUUGGAUGAGCUUGUGACGAUGAAUGAACAGAUGAAGAAAAAGAAACUCGUUGUGAUUCCAGUCUUCUAUAACGUAAGAUCGGACGAUGUGAAAAGAGCAGCCAAUCCCGAUGGAGAAGGCGGUCUUGAUGGAGAGUUUUCCCUUCCUUUUAAGCAACUGAAGCAAAAACAUGCAGGGGAGCCUGAGAGGGUCAAGGGUUGGGAGUGUGCCCUGAGAUCUGUGACAAAAAGAAUAGGAUUUUCCCGGUCAAAUUACGGUUACAAAUGGUUUGGGGCUGCACACGAUUUAUAUAGGGAGCUCACUAGGUCAAGAUGGACUCCUGAAUGGUUCAUAGGUUCUUUGGCAGUGGUUCUUGCGUUGUGGUUUUGGAACAAAUAUAACCAGAAAGCACCACCUCCUUCAUAAGUGGCUUUUGUGCAACUUUAUGCUGUUAAUUUGUGUGUGGUUUUAAUGGGGUGUUAAAGAUCA